AAGCGGUCAGUCGCGGUCGCCAUUUUGUCGGGUAGUCAUCGGGUACGUCGUGUUUCUUUCGGGUUGCUACACUUUUUGGAACAAGCGCCGCCGAAAAAUUUGGGGCCUGGCACGUUCGUUCGUUCCCCCAAAUGGCUUGUCUGAACACCCUCAAGCAGGAGAUAAAAACUCUUGAGUCCGUCUUCCCAAAGAGCCAUGAGAGAUUUCAGAUAAUGUCUGCGAGUGUGGACGAACUCAGCUGCAGGUUCGUCGGUAAAAAUGGGAAGAAAUACGAAAUACACGCCAAUAUUACAGAAACCUAUCCCUCAACGCCACCAGUCUGGUUUGCAGAAUCUGAGGAGACAAGUGUUACAAAUGCGGUACAAAUUUUAAGUACUACCACAGGCCGUGACAACCACGUCAUUAAUCAAGUUGGGAUUCUCUUGAAAGAAUUAUGUAGACUUCACUCAUUGCCUGAACCACCUGAUGUUGAAAGGUUAAGGACAGCCUUGGAUCCGUUACGUUUAGGAGGAUCAAAUGAAGCUACGGCACAAAGGAUGGAAGCUGAAGAUGCGGAAGAUAUUGAUGAUGACGAAGAGAGUGAUGCAGAGGAAGACCUUCAUUUAGACAUGGACGAGGGGGAUGCCAAUGCGAAGAGUAAGGGUGAAGAAAUAGAAUUGGAACAUCUUGCAACGCUAGAAAGGUUGAGGCAAAAUCAAAGACAAGAUUACUUAAAAGGAUCUGUCUGUGGCAGUGUGCAAGCCACAGACAGGCUUAUGAAAGAAUUGCGCGACAUUUAUCGAAGUGACAGUUUCAAAAAAGGAAUGUACAGCAUAGAAUUAGUAAAUGACAGUUUGUAUGAAUGGAAUGUCAGGCUGAUGUGUGUUGAUCCUGAUUCACCUUUACACAGCGAUCUCAUACUUCUAAAAGAAAAAGAAGGCAAAGACAGUAUUCUCCUUAACAUGCUUUUUAAGGAAACUUACCCAUUCGAACCUCCAUUUGUCAGAGUUGUGCAUCCCAUGAUCUCUGGCGGUUACGUCCUUAUAGGAGGCGCGAUUUGUAUGGAACUCUUGACGAAACAAGGUUGGAGUUCAGCCUACACAGUGGAAGCAGUCAUCAUGCAGAUUUCAGCAACACUAGUGAAGGGUAAAGCACGCAUACAGUUUCAAGGACCAGGUAGUGCUAGCAAAGUGUGUGGACAAGGUCAAUACAGUCUAGCACGUGCACAACAGUCAUUCAAGUCUCUUGUACAAAUACAUGAAAAAAAUGGUUGGUUUACCCCUCCAAAAGAGGAUGGCUAAUGAACAUGAAUCACGGAGAAAAGGAAAGUUUGACGCGUGCUUACGGCUGAGACUUUAAUUCGGUGUGUGCCCAACAAAUAAUUGUUACGAUAAUGAUUUGAUACACGAAACACAACAUUAACUAGGUGGUAACUUAAGAUACUGAAUUAAUCUAACGCGUAAUUCCUUUUGAUGGCUGAAAAAAAGGCUGCCGCGCAAACAGUGAAGUGUUUGAUUCUGUAUGCAUAGAUUUUUCAGUAAUUAGUGAUUAGAUCGCCAAUCGCAUUUGUGAAUGUGAGAUAUAAUCAUUUUUAUCUGGAAUUGAUUCUUAUGUUUUGGAAUUAUCUAAGGAUAAUCAAUUCCAAAUAACAUUAAUUUUAGUUCUCUUUUUGUGAGUACACAUUGUUGUACGUACGUACGAAACAAGUGUAAACAUUCUGUGAAAAUGCGUUUGCGCAAUCCGUGCUUCCUUUCUUCCAACAAGAGGGAAACACGACGGUUAGCAACUUAGAUAGUUAUAUUGACAAUUUUUCUAAGUGU